AUGAAUUCAAUCAAGGUCUACGAUAUCUCACUCCUCAACUUUGAAGAAAAGUGUUGGUCUCCUAAUACCUUCAAAACCCGUGGUAUUCCAUUUGAUUCCGUGUGGGUCUCAUUCGAGGAGAUCCCAAUUGUAAUUCCUAAAUUGACAAAGACCACAGAAACUCCGACUGUCCCUGUUAUUGUGGAUACCAGUAAAGAUGUUGUUAUACAAGAUUCAUGGAAAAUUGCUCAGUACCUUGAAGCUAAUUACCCUGACACCCCAAGUCUUUUCCAUGGAAAUGAAGAGUUACACGAGGCUGCCCAAGCAAGCUUUAGUUCAUUCUCAUUUGCUUUAUUCCGUCUUGUUAUCAUGACGGUGGCAAAUAACAUUGGUAAUGAAGAUGUCAAGGCCGAGUUUAGAAAGAGUCGCGAAGCCAAGUUUGGAAUGACUCUUGAGAAAUUUGCCGGAAAUCCAGAAGAUCAAAUCAGAAUUGCCAAUGAAGGACUGAAGGAUAUUAGAGCUAAAUUAGCAAAAUCUACUUACUUGUCUGGAUCUGAAGUGGGAUGGGCCGACGGUGUAUUGCUUGCAUACUUUGUGAUGGUAGACGUUCUUAAGCAUGACAUCUUUCAAUCAAGAAUAUUGGAUAGUGUUCAAGGCAAAAAUCCUUUGAGAGAAUGGUAUGAGCGUAUGGCAAAAUACGUAUAA